AAAGUUGUAUAAAUUGUCGUGCUUGGCGAAUGUUUUUCAAAACUUUCAAGUUAAUACAACGAAUAACACUGUUUUAAAAAAAUGAAACUGUAUAUGCUAACAAUUUUUGCAAUAUUGACCGUUUUGGUCCUGUUGGCUGUUGCACCGCCGACAAAUGCACAAGAAGCUGAGAAUACUACUACUACUACCGAGCAGCCAUCGAUACCAGAACCUCCGAGUCCAGGACCAGGACCUGGACCAUUCAGACCUGGACCGGGACCUUUCAGACCUGGACCGGGACCAUUCAGACCUGGACCUGGAGCUUUCAGACCAUUUCCUAUACCAAGAGUUUUCCGUCCUAACCCAUUCAACGUAACUGGAAAUUUUACUGGCCGUCACCCCUUCCCUCCACGCAACUCAACUGUCAAUUUAAAUUAGUUCUUAUGCCCAACAGCUAUUCCAACCGAUUCCGUUGAAAACCAAAACGAAACUAAAACACUAAUAUCACAUAGUUCCUUUCCCGCCAUUCCUUCUGUUGACUUUGAUGACAAUGCCAGCGCUCGUGUGCAGGAUGCAGUUGCCAAGACGCCAUUUGUAAGAGAGCCACGUGAUGCUUCCCUGUCAUUCUGAUGUCAACUCAAACAAAAUUCUUCUUAAUUUAAUAGUUUCUUCUAUCAAUUGGUUUGCUUUAUUCCUUUAUAUUAAAAUAAAAUUUUAAAUUUAAAAAAAUUAUAAAUAAAAUAAAAAUAAAUAAGCAUAA